AUGCGUUCCAAAUCCACAAACAAAGACGACGCUUCCUCGUCUGGGAAGGCCCAUGGAAAGAAGUCAAAGUCCUCCCAAGGCACGCAGCCAGCCAAGACUGAGUUUGCCAAUACGCUUUCGGCUUUGAUGCACGAAUCCUGGGCACAACUAUCGGCGCGGCCCACUCAAAGCCACACGUCUAGUUAUGAUACGCACGACACGCCCAAGGACUGGACGUCCGCACAAAAGCACGAUACAUCUUCAGAAGAGGAAAAGGAUGACGACAAUGCAUCAAUCAUCUCCUACGAAGACGAACUCGGCCGCUCACGCCGAGGGACCCGCGCCCAGGCCGCUCGUGCAGCCGCCCUCAAGGAAGACUUGAACGACGAACCCCAGCGCCCAAGUUGGCAGCCCGAGCAGCCCAAGAACCUCAUCCAUGGUGUCACGGUGCAGACCGAGGCAUUCAAUCCCGACGCCAGACUCGCCGCUCACAUGGCUCAUAUUGCCGAGUUGCGGGAUCGUUCCUCGAGCCCCGAGCUAGUGCACUACGAUGCCGACGCUGAUCCGCGCAAGCGGGGUGCCGGUUUCUAUAAUUUCUCAAAGGACGAGGCUGAGCGGCGCCGUCAAAUGGAAGAGCUCGAGAAAGCGCGGGCCGAGACCGAGGAUAUGCGGCAAAAGCAUGCCCGUGAGAAGAGAGCGAAGGCUGAAGAGCGUGCGAAGUUCAAGAAGGGCCGGAGCGAACGGCUUCUCCAACAACGGACGGUCGCAAUGAUGGAUAUCCUAGGGCAGGACCUGCUGGCAAGGGACCUGGCCCCAGAUGAGUGGACCUUCUUGCAUCGCCGAUACAUCGAUGGCGACACGCUUCGCUGUGAGAAGUGCAGCGCUCGGGAGGGUGAGGAGAGUGCAGUCCAGAUGUCGGAGUGCACAUGUACUCUCCCUUCGGCUGCUGAGACUUAG